AUGGAUCUGGAGUCUGUGGCCUACAGUAAUUCAAUUAAGAAGGAAUCAUGGAAAACCGUGUUAACUUUGGCUUAUCAAAGCCUUGGCGUUGUCUAUGGAGAUUUGAGCACCUCCCCUCUUUACGUUUACAAAAGCACUUUCGCCGAGGAUAUUCAACAUUCAGAGACUAAUGAAGAAAUAUUCGGGGUUUUGUCUUUUGUGUUCUGGACCCUUACACUCAUACCCCUGCUCAAAUAUGUCUUCAUUGUGCUUCGGGCAGAUGACAAUGGCGAAGGAGGGACCUUUGCUCUGUAUUCUCUGCUAUGCCGGCAUGCUCGGGUUAGCUUACUGCCUAAUACCCAGCUCGCCGACGAGGACUUAACGGAGUAUACGAAAGAUGGGAUUGUGGCAAACGACAAGAAAGCCGUCGGGUCUAGCUUGAAAUACGUGCUGGAGAAACACAGGGGGCUGCAGAGGGUGCUGCUUGUUUUGGCUUUGAUUGGGACUUGCAUGGUUAUUGGGGAUGGCGUGCUCACACCAGCAAUUUCCGUAUUUUCUGCGGUGUCGGGCCUCGAGCUUUCCAUGUCAAAAGAGCAGCACCGAUAUGUUGAGGUUCCAGUUGCCUGUAUAAUACUGAUAUUUUUAUUUGCGCUCCAACAUUAUGGGACCCAUCGUGUGGGAUUCCUGUUUGCACCUGUUGUGAUGACCUGGCUGCUAUGCAUCAGCGCCAUUGGCAUUUACAAUAUCAUUCAUUGGAACCCACACGUAUAUGAAGCUCUCUCCCCUUAUUAUAUGUUCAAGUUUCUGAAAAAGACUCAAAGGGGAGGUUGGAUGUCCUUGGGUGGAAUUCUACUGUGUAUAACAGGUUCAGAAGCCAUGUUUGCAGAUUUAGGACACUUUUCACAAUUGUCAAUUAAGAUCGCUUUCACCUUUUUGGUGUACCCAUCUCUAAUCCUAGCAUACAUGGGACAAGCUGCUUAUCUUUCCAAACAUCAUAUCCUUGAAAGUGACUACAGAAUUGGUUUCUAUGUAUCUGUACCUGAGAAAAUUAGAUGGCCUGUUCUCGUAAUAGCCAUACUUCAAGCUGUGGUUGGAAGCCAAGCUGUCAUCACUGGGACUUUCUCAAUAAUCAAACAAUGCUCGGCUCUGAGCUGCUUCCCCAAAGUCAAAAUUAUCCAUACAUCUUCUAAGAUACACGGUCAGAUUUACAUUCCAGAUAUCAACUGGACGUUGAUGCUUCUUUGUCUGGCCAUUACGGUUGGAUUUAGGGACACAAAACGCAUGGGAAAUGCAUCAGGAUUGGCUGUCAUAACCGUCAUGCUGGUGACCACUUGCCUAAUGUCUCUUGUCAUAGUCUUAUGCUGGCGCAAAAGUGUUGUUCUAGCCAUUUGCUUUAUAUUCUUCUUUGGCUCCAUUGAAGCACUCUACUUCUCUGCCUCCCUCAUCAAGUUCCUUGAAGGGGCUUGGGUUCCUAUUGCCCUCUCAUUUAUCUUCCUUAUUGUCAUGUAUGUAUGGCACUAUGGCACAAUUAAGAAAUAUGAGUUUGAUGUUCAAAAUAAGGUCUCCAUCAACUGGCUUCUCAGUCUCGGCCCCACAUUAGGAAUAGUAAGGGUCAGGGGAAUUGGCCUUAUACACACUGAGCUUGUAUCUGGGAUUCCAGCUAUUUUCUCUCACUUUGUUACCAAUCUCCCCGCUUUUCAUCAGGUUGUAGUCUUUCUCUGCAUUAAAUCAGUCCCAGUGCCACAUGUCAGAGCUGAGGAAAGGUUCUUGGUGGGUAGAGUUGGCCCCAAGGAGUAUAGGCUUUAUAGGUGCAUAGCAAGGUAUGGCUAUCGUGAUGUUCACAAGGAUGACGUGGAAUUUGAGCAAGAUCUUGUUUGCAGCAUAGCUGAGUUUAUCCGAUCAGAUACUUCCAAAUGUGGCUUAGAACUAAACAAUAUCGAAGAUGAUGCAAAGAUGACAGUUGUUGGGACUUCAGCAUCAAAAUUAGAAGGUGUAAGAAUGUGUGAGGAUGAUCUAGAUUCCUGUCAAAUGGAAGGAACUUCAGAGUUGAGGGAGGUUAAAUCUCCUGAGAAACUUAAGAAGCGGGUCAGGUUUGUGGUGCCAGCCAGUCCAGAGAUUGAUUUAACUGCAAAGGAGGAGCUGCAGGAGCUAAUGGAAGCAAGGGAAGCGGGAAUGGCAUUUAUAAUGGGUCACUCAUAUGUGAGAGCAAAAAGAGGAUCAAGCUGGAUAAAGAAAGUUGUGAUCAAUUAUGGGUAUGAUUUCUUAAGGAGAAACUCUAGGGGACCAACGUAUGCUUUAAGCAUCCCUCAUGCGUCUACCCUAGAGGUGGGCAUGAUCUAUAAUGUCUGAAUUUUGGUUAGCAGUUAUAUAGCCGAGUUUUGCAACUAGCCGUGUUAUUUCAAUAGCUCAGCCUACAUAAACUUGAUAAAUGGUGGCAUUUUGUAUAGUUCCCCUCCAAGCUUUCCCGGCAAGCAAAGUGUUGCCAACACCAAGGUUCUUCUGGCCAGAUCAUUUUUUUCUUUCUUUCUUUUCCCUUGUAUUGUCUUGGUAUAUAAAUAAGCUAUCAUGAAAUGGUAGUUCUCCAUUAUCCAAGGCCCAAAUCUGAAAUAAAGGUCAAUUUUAGGUUGAGAAGGAAUUUUCGUAGCAGUAGAGAGUUGGUAUUUUA